AUGGGAUUUGCACUUGAGGCGAUCGUGCAUUCAUAUUAUUCCUUAUUCGGAAAGCAUGUUAUGAAAAGGGCAAUGUCUAGAAGCAAGCGUUCACUCGGGCUGAUUUCGUUUUCGUCACAGCAAUUCUAUUUUCUUGCUGCUGCACUUUUCAUGCGAAAAGGCAUAAUUCGUCUCGGUGAUGUCGACGUUGCCGAGAUCACUGGGCUUCUCUUGGAUUUGAAUUCAAAUCUGGAUUUCAUUGGGACUGAAAAAGAAACUGUUCCUUGA